AUGGCGUCUGCUGAUCUGAGAAAGGAGUUGAACUGUUCCAUCUGCCUGAGCAUUUAUACAGAUCCAGUAACCCUGAGAUGUGGACACAACUUCUGUCGGGUCUGUAUUAAUCAAGUGCUGGAUGCACAGGAGGGGUCUGGAGUUUAUUCCUGUCCUGAAUGCAGAGCAGAGUGUCAGGAGCGUCCUAUAUUGCAGGGUAACAUAACUCUGUGUAACUACAUGGGCAGUUUCCUGUCUACUCGGCCAGAUCAGGAGGAGACUGGGAUCUUCUGCACUUACUGUAUUCACUCUCCUGUACCUGCCACUAAAUCCUGUCUGAUGUGUGAGGCUUCUCUGUGUGAUAAUCACCUGCGGGUACACAGCAAGUCAGCCGAACACGUCUUAUCUAAUCCCACCACUGCCCUGGGGAACAAGAAAUGCUCCGUCCAUAAGAAGGUCCUGGAGUAUUACUGCACUGAGGACGCUGCCUGUGUCUGUGUGACCUGCAGUUUGGCUGGAGAACAUCGGGGACACCAGGUGGAGUUGCUGGAUGUGGCCUCGGAGAAGAAGAAGAAGAAACUGAGAAAUGUUCUGCAGAAACUGACAAUAAAGAGAGAGGAGGCAGAGAAAAGAGUCCAAAGUCUGAUGGAGAGCAGGAGAGGUGAUCAGAAAAAAGCAGCUGGUGUAACAGAGACAGUCACUGCCCUGUUUAGAGACCUCAGGAGACAGCUAAAAGACCUGGAAAAGAGAGUCCUGAGUGAGAUCUCCAAGCAGGAACAGCGUGUUUCACUCUCAGUCUCUGAUCUGAUCCAGCAGCUGGAAAUAAAGAAAGACGAGCUGUCCAGGAAGAUGCGUCACAUUGAGGAGCUGAGUAAAAUGUCUGAUGCAGUGACUGUCUUACAGGAACCAGACACAGGAGACUGGAGUGAUGCUGAGGACAGAGACAGACAUGAUAACCAGGUCUGUGAUGAAGGAGAUCUGGAUGUGGGACAUGUCUCAGAGACAUUACACACAUUAUAUGAUAUAAUAACCAGUAUAAAGAAAGGGAUCUAUGUGCAGGAAUCUGACAGCCUGCAGAAUGUAAACCGAGCAAAGAAAGGAGACGAUAAGCCAGAGCCUUUAGAGAAAGUACUGGGUGUAAACCCAGCAGGUAAUACAGAAUCUGAUGUAAUUACAGCAGCUGUAGAGAAAGAGAACCAAGUUCCAGACCCAACAGAAAAGGCACUGGAUGUAAACACAGUGGGUAAUGCAGAAUCUGAUGUUGUAACCGGUAUAAAAAUAGGGCUCUAUGUGCACAAACCUACAAAUAUAGUACUGGAUAUUAACACAGCAGCUAAUAAUAUAUUUAUGCCACAAGCUAAUAAUAUAUUUAUGCCACAAGCUAAUUUAUUUAUGCCACAAGCUAAUAAUACAUUGUUUGGUGAACAAAACUAUACCAGCUGGUCAGAUCAAAGCCAGAAUUAUCCAGAAACACCAGAGAGAUUUCAGCAUUAUAACCAGGUGUUAAGCACCAGCAGCUUUUCCUCAGGGCGACAUUACCUGGAUAUGACUGUGAGUGAAUCAGGGUGGUGGAGUGUAGGGAUGAGCUAUCCCAGUAUAGACAGGACAGGAGAGCAGUCACACAUUGGGUAUAAUGACAAGUCCUGGGCUUUGUGUAAGGGGUUGUGUGACCAGUAUUCACUGAUACAUGAUGGGAAACAGAUCCGGUUACCCGGCAAUACUUCCUGUAAUAAUGUGGGGAUAUAUCUGGACUAUGAGGCUGGACAGAUGUCCUUUUAUGCUCUGGUUCCGAUGAGGCGCUUACACACCUUCUCUGCCACCUUCACUGAGCCCCUUCAUGUUGCAUUAUGUGUAGGGAGAGAUUGUACACGUAUAUCUGGAAGAGUCAGUAGCUGUAACAUAUGAUCGUAGGAAACCCACCCUGAGAGCAGCGACAUCACAGGGAGGCACAUCUGAUUGGUGGUAUAUGUAGCCAAUAGAAUGAAGCAGUGGGUGGAGCUACUGCUGAGCGGCUCACGUGUAGUGUAACCAGAUGUCCUGUGUGCCUGGAUGUGAUCUCCUGCUGGUGUGUUACAUACUAUCAAUAUACAUUUAUUAAGGAUUUUGACAUUUUUCUUUGUUCUGAUAGCUGUGAUUGGCUGCAGUAACUGUCAGUGUGUGUGCCCUAUGGGCCAUAUGUACUAAAGCCUUGCAAAGUGAUAAAAUGGAGAGUGAUAAAUGACCAAUCAAACAGCUCCUAACUCAUUUUCAAACAGCCUGUGACAUGACAGUUAUAAGCUGAUUGGCUGGUACUGUAUCACUUUCCACUUUAUCACUUUGCAAGGCUUAGUACAUCUGGCCCUAUUACUGUAGUCAGUGCUACACACCGGCACACACUGGCUGUGAUCUCUGCAAUGGGUGAAUGGGGUGUAGUCUUAUAAGGAGAAGAUAUAUCAAACCUUCAAGAGAGAUAAUGUAGAGAAUCUGCCCAUAGCAACCAAUCAAAUUCUGUUAUUUUAUAGAAUGUGCUGGACAAACGAUAGCUGGAAGCGGAUUGGUUACUAUGGGCAACUUCACUAUCUCUGUCAAAGGUUUGACACAUUUCCCAUUAAAUCUUCUGCUGCGAAUUGCAGUAAAGGUUUUUAUUCUUUAAUAAUAUGGGAUGGGUUAGACUGCACCUCCCAGCAUGCCCCAUUCCUUAGCUUUUUUAACCUCAUAUUUGCUGUAAUCACAAAGUAUAAUUAGUAUUUGUACUGUAUCUCUGUUAUAAAAGUGCUUGUAAUAUAGGGGGAUGAACACAGAAUAUGGACCAAUUCGCUAUAAUACACUUUUAUAAUCAUUGCUUCAUUGGGUUACUGAAUAUCUUGACUUUAAGGUAAUCCUCAAGUUUUUAAAGAUUGAUUUGUUUUGUCCUGAUUUUUCUAGCUAAAAUGCUGGGAUCCAUAUCUGGGAUUCCUGUAAUCUGAUUGUCACAUUUGAAGAUUAACAAAAUAAAAACAGUUUAUACCGAU